AUGGUCAACCAUCGUCUGAUCACCAUACUAGAUCAAAACAACCUCCUGAGCAACUAUCAGUUUGCUUUUCGCCCUGGCCGAUCCACGGACGAUUAUCUCUGUCACCUUGAAAAUAUCCUCGAGAGUGCGCUAGAACAACACCAACACAUCGAACUCCUGUCUUUAGACCUAUCUAAGGCAUUCGAUCGAGUAAACCAAAGCACCAUUCUCAGUUCCCUACGUAAAUGGAAAAUUGAAGGACGUUUAUUCCAAUACAUCCAAAGCUUCCUUUCGAACAGAACAAUUCAAGUUCUCGUAAACGCUACCCUAUCCAAUCCCAAACCUGUUAAAACCGGGGUCCCCCAGGGAUCAGUCAUCGCACCGACCCUCUUCCUAAUAGCCAUAAACUCUAUCUUUGAUAUCAUCCCCGACAACAUCAAAAUUCUAGUCUACGCUGAUGACAUUCUUCUGAUUUCAAUUUCCCCAUUUGCACGGAUGGCACGAAAACGACUGCAAACCGCUUUGAAUGUUGUUGCCGACUGGGCUCCCUCUGUCGGGUUUCAGUUCUCUCCGGAAAAAUCUAAGCUCCUACACCUUGACCCGAAUCGUAAGAAACUUAAGAAAAUCCCUCCCAUCACCAUGUUUGAACAACCUAUUCCCCUGGUUCAUUCCUUCCGACUACUUGGGGUCUGGAUUGAUGACCAUCUCAAUUUCAAACACCAUCUAGACCAAGUUAGAAAGAAUGCCACUAAUAAAAUCAAUAUCUUACGCAUUCUGAGCAAAUCAUCCAGCCUCGCAAAUCGCGACUCUCUAAUACGAUUUCUACACGGAUGGCUUCUACCAGCGGCUCUCUACGGUCUGGGCAUUGUCAGUCGGGCCGGUCCCACCCUCUGCCAGAAACUGCAGCCAAUAUACAAUCGAUGCAUAAGAACUAUCAGCUCGGCAUUUAUCACCAGCCCAACUUUAUCGUUGAUGGCCGAAAGUGGUCAAAUCCCUUUCAAUUAUCUGAUUGCCAAAAAUCUCACAUCUAAAUCCAUACGCUGGCUAGCAACUGGCGGAGACAGGGAUUCACCCCUUAUUGCCCGCACUGACGCCUUUCUCAAAGACCUCACCAACAUUCCUAUCCCGGACAUUUGCCAAAGGAGAAUCACUGCGUUUCGGUACUGGACCGAAAAAACUCCUUCUGUUGACCUCUCCCUAUCUCACUCUAUCAAGGCAGGUCAAAACUCUGCCACUGUCCUACCCCACUUCUACAGCCUUGUUGAAAGAAAAUACCGCAAUGAUCCCCACAUAUUCACCGAUGGGUCAAAAUCCACUGAUGGGAAAGUCGGCUGUGGUAUCCACGAUCUGAACAACAAUCGCAGCAUUGGUCUGCCCCCACAGUGCUCUGUAUUCAGCGCAGAAGCUUUCGCCCUACUUAAUUCCCUCCAACACUCCCACCCUAACUCUAACCCCCCAAUAAUCUUCUCCGACUCUGCGAGCGUGCUUAAAGCCAUUUUAUCAGGCAACAUAAAGCACCCCUGGAUCUCUUCCAUCAGCGAUAUUGCACUUGAUAAAAGGGCAACCCUGGUGUGGAUACCUGGCCAUGCAGGUAUUCCAGGUAACGAGGCUGCCGACCGGCUUGCAUUUGAAGGCUCCAACAUGGCCCCUAUCGAAGUGCCCAUCCCACAACAAGACGCCUACCGAUUUGUGAAAACCCAACUAGCGCUCGCCUGGGAAAAAACCUGGUUCAACAACCGAACCGCUAAAUUACGCGAAGUAAAAAAUUGUCCCCAACGGUGGAUUGACCGCACAAACCCUAUAGAAAAACGUGCUCUUACACGACUUCGGAUUGGCCAUACCAAACUAACCCACUCAUACCUCCUCGAUAAAGAGGACCCCCCUAUUUGCCCCUCCUGCGACUGCUUAGUUACAGUUCGCCACAUCCUAAUUGACUGCGUAAUUUACGCUAGACAGAGGACUGUCUGUCAGCUAGGCGACAAUCUUCGCCUAGUUCUCUCCAACUGCCCCUCAGAAGAAGGCAAAUUGAUUGAAUUUUUAAAAAGUUCUAAACUACUUGAUGAUCUGUAG